AAACCUUAAUCUUUUCUCAAUCCCUCUUUACAUCUCUCUCUCUCUCUCUCUCUCUCUCUCUCUUUCUCUCAAACCAAAUGGAAAGCAUAAAUGAUGAGGAUGAGUUCUUGAGUCUUAAACUUGCCAUCGCCACACAACAACCAUUAGGGUGUGAAAGGAACAAGAAAAGGAAGAGGCGAGAAGACUUAGUCAGCAUUUCGAGUUAUGAAGAGGAGAUAUAUAGUCUCCUUCAAAUAGGAGAGCAGAUGCUGAACUCGACUCACAAGACCAGCAAAGAAAGCUCGGGAGGCCGGGAAGGCCUUCAUUUGAUCAACUUGUUGUUGGUUGCCGCGGCAGCUGUCAACGACAACAACCUCACCUCUGCAAUGGCAAACCUUAGUGAAUUGUGUCAAAAUGUGUCCGUACUAGGAGACGCCAUCCAAAGAGUGUCGGCGUACUUCGCAGCCGCCUUGACCGCCCGCCUCCUAACCCAAAAAUCGCCCUUCUACCACACCAUAAUGAAGCCCCCCACCUCCCAAGAAGAGUUCUUAGCCUUCACACACCUCUACAAGGUCUCCCCUUUGUACCAAUUCGCUCACUUCACAGCUAACCAAGCCAUCAUUGAAGCCUUCGAGAACGAGAACAAGCCCUCUUUGCACGUUAUUGACUUCGACAUCUCCCAUGGCUUCCAAUGGCCAUCCCUAAUCCAAUCCCUUUCACAAAACAUUACCACGACACCAGCUUUAUUAAACCGAAUUUCCCUCAGGAUAACCGGGUUCGCCACAACCUUAAACGAGCUACAAGAAACCGAGGCCAGGCUCCUAAGCUUCGCCAAAGGCUUUCGCAAUUUGUCGUUUGAAUUUCACGGUUUGUUGAAAGGGUCCAACCUAGGAAACAUAGUAACACUCGAGAAUGAAACCACGGCGGUCAACUUAUCCUUUCACGUCAACGACAACAGAUUAACUGCCGACAUUAGUGAAACCUUAAAAGCCGUCCAUUCUCUCCGCCCUUCAGUCGUCACCGUGGUGGAGCAAGACGUAAUUUGCAGAAAACUACCUCAAAGUUUCCUAUCAAGAUUCAUGGAAUCUCUACACUAUUUCGCCGCCAUGUUUGAUUCCUUGGACGAUUGUCUCCCCAUAGAUAGCCAUGAGAGGUUGAGCAUCGAGAACCAUCUUGGGAGAGAGAUCAAAAGUGUGAUGAAUUUUGAUGAUCAAAGACAUGAUGAGAGAGAGAGGGUAUUAUUGGAGAGUGGUGGGUUUUGUGAGAUGGAAUUGAGCUCUAAGAAUGUAAUGCAAGCCAAACUGCUUUUGAAAAUCAGAAGCCAUUCUCCUUCUUCAUCAUCAUCUUCUUCUUCAUCUUGUGUUAAUAAUGGCGGAUUUAGAGUUGUUGAGAGAGAUGAUGGGAAGGGUAUUUCUCUAGCUUGGCAAGAUAGGUGUUUGAUAACUGCAUCUGCAUGGCAGUGUUGUGUAUGACUCGAUUAUAUCGAUCAUGUUGUCAAAUAGUUCUGACUUAUUAAUUUCUUUCUUUCUUG